UACAGGCUAUAUUGUAGGCAGUAGUGUCACUAGAGGUAUUAAAUAAGCCUGAAUAAUGAUGUAGUUGCGGAUUCAACUUUGAAUAUGGAGUUUAGAUUGCUUGUUUAAGAAUCCUGUCGGGAAAAGAACGGAAUAUGGACGCGUCAAAGUUGAGCUUCCUCGAGGUCGAAGUCUUGUGGAUUGGAUUCGCUUGGCUUCAGGAAAGAUCCUUGCUAAGAAAAAUAUGUCAGUGAAUCAUGUAGAACUCAUGAGGCAUAAUAAGAGAGAAGAUUGUUGGGUGCACCUUUUUGGACAGGUUUAUGAUAUUACGUCGUAUUUGGAAUUUCAUCCUGGAGGGAUCCCAGAGCUAAUGCGAGCAGCAGGCAAUGACGCUACCGGUCUAUUCAAUCACUACCAUCCAUGGGUCAACUAUGAAAGGAUGUUAAAAUCAUGUCUUGUUGGAAGGUUCACGGGUGACUUGUCAAUCGUCGUCACAGAUGAUAAAAGUGUAACGUUGUCCUGUGAGGAUUGGAACGCAUCUGACUUGGCUCUAGAAAAUAUUAUUGUUGAUCUCUCUCAAAGCAAAAAGCAUUUCCGGAUUGUUGUUCGUCAAAGAGAGCAUUCUGUGACUGAAGUGAAGUGGAUGCUCGUUUACUAUAAAUGCGUCAUAGAAGAAAAGCGUCCGGUAUCUCACAACACUCUGUUGUUCACUCUUCGGCUUCCAGAGGGAUUGUUUUUCCCUGUAGCACCAGGCAGACACGUUUCUGUAAAGAUCCAUAAAGGAGGUGAUUUCCAUCAAUUUUCUAUUUUUACGAUUCCUAGGAAGUCGAUGUGUUUCGUAUUACCAUAUAUUAUUUGUUUAGGAUCGACAUUGUAUCGAUUUUACACACCUGUCAACUCAGUGUCACUCUCAGCAGAAUCAGAAGAAGAAGGAAAUGGCUGGUGUAGUGGCUCUGCCACGAUCUCCCUUAUGAUAAAGAUUUAUAAUGAUGGUAUAUGCACACCUUGUUUAGGAAAUCUAGGCGUUGGUGUUAUGUUUUUAGGAGAUUCAAUUGAAAUCAGCGAACCUAUAGGGAAGACUGAUUUAUCUAGAUGGAUUAGUCCUGAAUGCGACCUGGUUCUGCUGGCAGCUGGUACUGGAAUAACACCAAUGGUCAACGUACUCAUUUCUAGGUUACGGAAAAUGAAGAUGAACCCUUCACCUUCGUGUAGCACUCGUUUGCUGUUGUUUAAUAAAACUGAACAAGACAUAGUUAGUGAUGAUUGGCUACCUAUAAAGUGGGAUGACAAUACAGUUAAGGUUGAACACAUCCUCACUUCUCCAUCCGAAGGAUGGAAUGGUCGCAGAGGACGUAUUGAUGCUGAUAUGAUUCCACCGGCACACACUUCUUUGCGAGUAUUAGUGUGUGGUCCUGAUGGAUUUAAUCAGAAUGCUGCAAAGUGA